AUGGCGGCCCAAGAAGCCUCAAUGGAGGAGAUCGUCUGGCGGUCUCCCCCGCACGUCCAGGCGAUGGGGGGUUUCCUCCACUCAAACAACAUCCUAUUCUACUUUGCCGAGUCACCGUUCUUUGAUCCGACCUCCAACAACGCCUCCCUCGCCAUUCAAGCUACCUACAACGAAGCGUUCCACCAAUUUAUAGAGACGCGCGAAGCUUUCGAGUCCCGGCUGAAGACAAUGCAAGGACUCGAGUUCAUCGUCUCAUAUGAUCCCCUUCAAGCAACAGCACAAGUAAACGGCCAAUUCACCCAAGAACCAUCCAACGUCUGGGUGAUCCGAAAGCAAAACCGGCGCAAGAGAUCCGGGAUGGACGACGAGGUCGUCGUGAUAUCCACCUAUUUCAUCAUGGGUGACGCUGUCUAUAUGGCCCCUUCAGUCGCCAGCGUGGUAGGAAAUCGAAUUCUCUCGGCCGUAACCUCUCUAUCGCAACUCAUGAAAACCGCUUCCGCCCUUCCAACAUUUACAUCUGCCCACGGACACACAUACCUGCCACCCGGUGCCCGCAAAGAAAAAGAAGCACAGUUACAGUCCCAGCAGAGCAAAGAACCAACGCCCAUGCCAGAAGGACCCCCAGAUUCGCAAACUGAAAGAAGCCCUGGGCCAGGGGGGUCUGAUGAAUCGGGCAUCCAGGACAUGCGCACUCUCGCUGAAUCAUUUAGUAUGUUCUCGCGCUACGGCGACGAGUUCAUGGAUGAGAGUCCGCUUAUCGGUGAACCGGGCUCCUUCAUGCUAUCGAAGAAUGGUGAGCCUACCAGUAAGGCGGCACCAAAGGGUCCUGCUGCUGCUGUUGCUGUUGCUGCUGCUGGGGUCAACACGCCAGUGCCAUCCCAGCCUUCGACGCCCAAGGUUCGGGUUGAAACGCCCGGGAAGUCAGAACAGAACCCGCCAUCUACUGGGAGUGGUGAUAAGGGGAAGAAGAAGAAGCGUGUUGUUACUUUAGAUGCUUGA